GGUAGUCCUCGAGGCUCUGAGGCAUAAUGGCGCGGGGCUGGAGCAGAGCGAUGAGAGAACUACACACAGGGGGCGGGGUCCAGACGAAGAAUUUACGCGGCUCCUUUUGGCGAAGGCGAUUUUAGUGGCAGCAUGAAGCGCACUCUGACGGCUGAGGAACAGGAGCGCGAAGCUAAGCUUCUGAUAACUGAUCUUCUGGAGUACUUUUGUGAGUUUAACCCCUGCACUCCACAUAAACUGAGGCUUCUUGAGGCACUUGAAGAUACAUGGCUUCCUUAUCUGACCCCCAAAAAUGAUGAAUUCUAUCAGCAGAGGCGGCUGAAAUAUCCUAAGCUGAUUCUCCGAGAAGCAGGCCAUGUGUCUGAAGAGCUCCAUAAAGAGGUUCAGGAAGCCUUUCUCACACUGCACAAGCAUGGCUGCUUAUUUCGGGACCUGGUGAGGAUCCAAGGCAAAGAUUUGCUCACUCCAGUGUCUCGAAUCCUCAUUGGGAAUCCUGGCUGCACCUACAAGUACCUGAACACCAGGCUUUUUACAGUACCCUGGCCUGUUAAGGGUUCUAAUGUAAGCUACACUGAGGCUGAGAUUGCUGCUGCUUGUCAGACCUUCCUUAAACUCAAUGACUAUCUGCAGCUAGAAACCAUCCAGGCUUUGGAAGAACUUGCUGUCAGAGAGAAGGACAAUGAAGAUUCCGUGCCAGUGUGUAUGUCUGAAUUCUCCAGGGUUGGGAUAGGGUCAUCCAGUGGUGAAGUGGAUAUGAAGAGCAGAGCAGCAUAUAAUGUAACUUUGCUGAAUUUCAUGGAUCCUCAGAAGAUGCCAUAUUUGAAAGAGGAGCCUUACUUUGGUAUGGGGAAAAUGGCAGUGAGCUGGCACCAUGACGAAAACCUGGUGGACAGGUCAGCAGUGGCAGUAUACAAUUAUAGCUGUGAAGAUCCUGAAGGAGAAAGUGAGGAUAAUUCUCAUCUUGAAGGCAGAGAUCCUGAUACCUGGCAUGUUGGUUUUAAGAUCUCAUGGGACAUAGAGACGCCUGGUUUGGCAAUACCUCUUCACCAAGGAGACUGCUAUUUUAUGCUCGAUGAUCUCAAUGCCACCCACCAACACUGUGUUUUGGCUGGUUCACAACCUCGGUUUAGUUCCACCCACCGAGUGGCAGAAUGCUCUGCGGGAACCUUGGAUUAUAUUUUACAGCGCUGCCAGUUGGCUGUGCAGAAUGUCUGUGAUAAUGUGGACGAUGGUGAUGUCUCUUUGAAAUCCUUUGAGCCUGCAGUUUUGAAACAAGGAGAAGAAAUUCACAACGAGGUUGAAUUUGAGUGGCUGAGACAGUUUUGGUUUCAAGGCACUCGAUACAGAAAGUGUACUGAUUGGUGGUGUGAACCCAUGACUCAGCUGGAAGGGCUAUGGAAGAAGAUGGAAAGUGUGACAAAUGCUGUGCUUCAAGAGGUUAAAAGAGAGGGGCUCCCCGUGGAACAAAGGAAUGAGAUGCUGACUGCCACCCUUGCCUUGCUCACUACCCGCCAGAACCUGAGGAGGGAAUGGCAAGCCAGGUGCCAGUCCCGAGUUGCCCGAACUUUGCCGGGGGAUCAGAAACCAGAAUGUUGGCCAUACUGGGAGAAGGAUGAUCCCUCAAUGCCUCUGCCCUUUGAUCUCACAGACAUUGUUUCAGAACUCAGAGAACUCAGAAUAUCCGGCAGUCCCGGACCUCCAUCCUAGCAUGGCAGCCCACCAAGCAGCGUCUUCCGGCUCAGAAGCAGGCUGUGGCCCCCAAUGGUUUGCAGCAGAUCCCAUGGCUCCCAUUACCACUUAUUGCAGACCUGACCUGCGUUGCACCUCCAUGCAGGAGCUUUCCAGACUUUGUAUCCCUGUAGGAGAAAUGAGUAACAUUUGUGCUCACCCCAAUCUAUAUGUACCCUUGCUGAACUGUACCCGUGAACUGCUUGUACUAAUGCCAUGUGCAUCAUUAAACAUUUGUAUACAAUAAAGAUAUUAAAAUGAUAAGAACUAAGCCAGCACACCAGCGGAUGGACCUGCUUUGCUGGUAUGGAUGGGGUCCAGGUGGAUGGAGGGAAUUCUCAGGUGCAGCGGAAUUGGAGGAGCCCUCCCCUUAAAUGUCCAAAAGGCAAGGUCAAAGUUUUUAGAAGAAAUGGUGGCUUUUGGUCAGCUCCCUAGGGGGGUUCAUGUGGCUAGAAAGACAGAAAGCAAGAGACAACAGAAAGACAGCUGGCAGGGCCAUGAGCACCAGCUCAUGGGCUGCAGGCUGCAGAAAGGCCUGGUUCCCCCAGUGAGCUGGGCAGGAUUCUCCUGGGAACAGGGGCACAGAGCUCCUCAACAGCUGUAGGGAUGAGUGUAGAAGAGGAAGGGGAAAGCCUGGCCCUGGACUACUUUGCAUCAGCCCCAGCUCUGCCUGUUUUGUGCCAGACUGCCCUGGUCAUCAGCUCCCUGCUAUCUUGAGAAAAGUGAUCCUAGAGAUCCCUUUGUACCUAGAUGCAACUGACCUUCCUUCUGGAUACCUUAGCACUAUGGAAAUCCAUGGAAUCCAGGGACAAAUUUCUGCCUUCCAGAGGCUUCCAGGCUCCUAGAGUGCCAGGAAUAUGUAGUGAUGACAGUAGGAGCUUAAUGCUGUCAGGGGAGACAGGCCAGCAAAUAAAGGGCGAGAUCAUUCCAGGUGGACCCAAGUGCUAGGCAGGAUAUUGCCUAGCUGGAAGAUGGAGGAAUCAGUUUGUGACCAUUGACCAAGGAAGGGCAGAAGGCCAGCCAAUUGGGGAAUGGGGUUGUAGGGGAGAGCUUUCCAGAAGGAACAGCUGACACAACGGUCCUGAGACAGGGAAGUGCUCAAGGAAGGAAAAGGGCCCUGAUGGGCUAGGCAGAGAAAGUGGGGAGGAGCCCUGGAGAUGGAGAAAAGCCAGGAGCAGUGCCUGGGUUUUCUUUCACUGACCCUAAGAAACAGCUUUUACAUAGGGACAGCAAGGAGUAACUUGAAGCACAUUUUUUUUCAGCUUUAAUUGAGUUCAUUGGUACAUUUUAGGGAUACAG